UUAAUUCGGUGACGGACAAAGAUUAAGAUGUCGGAAAACGCGAAAAACAAUAGCUGCCUGCAUUGCGGCGUAUUCAGUACGAAAUACCAGUACCAGGAGAUAUUCGAUGAGUUCGGAGUCGAGCUGGGACUGCAAUCCCUGCUGGCCAAGCACUUCCAGUUCGAUGUGUCCCCCGAUCCGCAGAAACAGCAGCUCCUGUGCGAGGUGUGCGUCAACAAUCUCAUCCGCCUGUUCGACAUCGAUGAACUGGAGCGCGAAAGGGAUGCGGCCAAGGUGGUACUCCAGGAACAGGUUCAGGAUGAGGCCCCUGGGCAGGUGGUACCCAUUAUCGUCGCCGAGGUACAGGCAUCUCCGCCAGCUGCAAGACCCGCCAAGAAGGAAGCGCCUUCCAAGCCUCUGGCCAAGGUGCUGCGUCCUGUGCCCAUUGUUGCCACUCGGGCACCAAGUGCCAGGUUAAGGAAAUCAGUAGUUUCCGCUCCCCAAGCCACACCUAUACCAGCUAGAUCUCCAGCGAUAGUCAAGGAGCCUUCGCCGAAACCUGCUCCUCCCAAAGGUGAAGCCAAGCUGGCAGACCAGGAGCAAAUAAGUGCCCUAAUGGAAAAUAUUCUGGAGGACGACGAAGCUAUUGCCAACGACGACUCCAUUGUUGAAGAGGUGACGUGUGACGAGCCCCAGAUCCCCGAGGAAACGGAAACCGCAGAACAAGUGGUUCUUCUAAACGGCGAAUCCGUUGCAGAAUCGAAUCUGGAUGAGGAUGUAUACAUAUACGAACAAGAUGACAUUUUAGAUCCCAAUUUGGAAGAUGUUGAGGUCGCACCUGUGGCUCCUCCACCAAGAUUGGCAGCUGAAGCAGAGGGAAGUCAAAGUGAAGGAGAAAUGGACGAGGGGGAGCCCAGCAAUAUAGUACUCUUCAACUUUGUUGAUAUUAAAGAAAAGGAUGACGUUCAUGAUAUUCCGGAGUACUUGUGCACCGUGGUGAAGACCAGCUUUGAGAAGCUUACUUUUGAGUGGUGUACUGUUUGCAAGCACUGCUCCCUAAAGUGUCCCACCUUUGAAAGCCUUUUCAAUCACGUUUUGAAGAGCCACAGAAACCGAAGAGAAGUAUUUCAGUGUCCCAUAGAAGGGUGCAAGAAGGAGCUGAAGGGGCGCCAGUUCCUAGCCAUGCAUCUGGUUCUUUUGCAUGCACCCGUGGCUGAAAUUCCAAUUUAUGGAAGCUGUCCGGAAUGUAAAAUGACAUUCUCAAACAUUUUGCAAUACAAUAAACAUUCUUGUGCUCAUGUCAUCAAAAAGAAACGUGGUAUUCGGUCUUAUUGUGAGAUGUGCUCCCUGGAGUUUCCUUCCUGGAAGCGAUUCAAUUUCCACAACCAAUUUCACUUGGAGAAGCAUAGACCACGCGCUUGCUUUGUUUGCGAUUAUACCAGCACCAACAUCGAUGAGCUUUUCCAGCACUUGCACUACGCCCACGAGCCAGUGGGCACCUUAUUUUGCGAUCUUUGCGACCGCACUUUCCGGGAUCCCGCCGUUUUCAUGGAGCACAACAAGUCGCAUGCCAAUGUGAGCAGCACAACAUACUCUUGCGGAGAGUGUAUGGCUAACUUUGAGUCCCGUGGUCGGCUAAAUGGUCACAUGAGGGCAAUGCAUGGCAGUGUUAUUAGCUGCGAGCUCUGCUCCCGUGAAUUUGCCACCGAAGCCACCUACAACAUUCACAUGAAGAAGCAUCUGAUCAUCGAACGCGAUGUUCAUGUGUGCGGCAAUUGUGGCUUUCUAAGUGACAGCCGCGAUACCCUUCUUGCUCACGUGAAUUCCGAAAAGUCUGGCUGUUUGGGCACCAAGAGAUACGUGGAAAUUCUUCGAGAUGCUUACAUCUGCGAGUACUGCUCGUCUUACUUUAAAACCAAGGAAAAUCUGCAAGCCCAUCGGGACUCGGGUGUGCAUAAGGAUGGCUUGUACUGGUGCCAGCCCUGUGGCAAGGACUUUCCGCACAUGAAACUGUACCGCCAUCACCUACGCAACUAUCAACAGCUUCGGUCGGACUCGACCCAUCGCAAGCUAGAGAUUUGUGUGUACUACAUGUGCGAUCAGGAGAACUGCUCAGAGGCUUAUGUGAACUGGAACUCGUUGUACACCCACAAGCGACGCACCCACGAAUCUUCGAAAAAGCAGGCGGAGAAGAACUCCAAGACUGCCCCGGAAUGGAUUUGCCAGUUUUGUAUGAAGGAGUGCCGCUCGAAGAUGUCCUUGUCCGUUCAUGUGGCCAGAAGCCACAAUAAUGACAACGUGGUUUGUCCUUUGUGCAAGGCUUCUUACAAAAGCCAGGAGGCUCUGGCCAAACACCAUGCCUAUUGGCACGAACCCAUUGAGUGCCCGGAAUGCUUUAAAAUCGUCAAGAAUCGUAGGAACUACGACACUCAUGUGAAUGUGGUGCAUUCGAAUAAGAAGCGCUAUUCCUGCAGUGUGUGUCAGAAGGGUUUUUAUCACAAGAGUGAAAUGGAGGCUCAUCAGAAGCUCCAUGGCCAGUCAUACAGCUGCGAUCAGUGCAGUUUCACCACUAGGAACAAGAAGUCGCUUUCUGUUCAUGUCCUGGGUCAGCACUACCAGCGUUUUGCCUUCGAGUGCAAGGUGUGCAAGAAGAGGUUUGGACGUCGGCAGGGCCUGAAUACUCACAUGCAGCGAUCUCAUGGCUCCAAGUACACGUGCCGUGAUUACUUCGAAGGUGGAUGUGGACGCACCUUUGUAAACAGUUCCCAGUUGAACAUUCAUGUCCGAAAGGUGCACAAGGGGUCAAUUUUCCUCCAAGAGGAUGUGGUUGAAGAGGAUGAAUAUACUGCCGACGAUAUGCCAUCGACAUCCAAAAAGCGUUGCAUUCGCAUAGACGAAGAUAAUAUUGAGUUAAUAGAAGAAGCUGAAGAUGAUCCAGAUGGCUUGGAGAUGGAAGAGGGUGAGGAGGAAGACGAGUACAUCGACGAGAUACCAGAGGAGGAAACCAAGAAUUGAGGCUGACACAUUUCGGUGAUGUAAGACUUUUUGCUAAAGCAGAUUUAUUUGAUUUGAUUUUCAUUUGUUUGCUACCAAUUAAUUGAACACAAAUGAUGUCCGAAAAUGACAUUAAUAUGUUUUCCAUAGUACAUAAUACAUAAUUCUAAUGAUAAUGUAAUAACUAUAUUUAGGCUAACUUUAAUUGCAGUUAACUAGCCAGAGUCUGGCGGAAGCAAAUUUGAUUUAUUAAGCGUUGUAGUUUGGUCAUUUAAUUGCUGAAGAUUGUGUGCGGAGCUUACCUGAAAGGGAAUUAAGGUUUUAGUAUAACUAUUACAAACGAAAUUAAGUUUUUUUAAGACUCACUGGGCUAAUUGGUGUUAUAACAAUGGCGGUGCGCGUGGCACACUGCAGCAGGGCUGUGUCCUCGGUGGACUCAUCACAGUCGCCAUCGGCAUCCGCGUCCACGUCCACUUCCACCCCAAUAUCACUGUCGAUCUCCCAGGAGGGGAAAUGAUCCAUUUCGCCCUCACAGUUGAGAUCCUCCUCCUCGAAGUCCUCGUACUCAUCGAUUAGUAUAACUAAAUGGGAGAUUUGUAAAGUUUAUUCAAGCACUCUCUUUUGUGAAAGAGAAAAUGUUAGUUUUACUUAUAAAAAGAAGGUAAAGUCUAAAUUUUAAUGUUUGUUAAGGUGAUGAAAGCGAAAAAAACUUUUUUUUUAUUUCUUGCCUUUAAAAAUCAGACAACUUUGUAAAAUAAAGUAAAACCAAUAGCGAAAUGAAAUCCUUUUACAUAUUUAUUCAUGUUUUCUUUUGUUCGGCAAGCAGUUUGAUAAUUUUGCUAAUAAUCUAAAUUAAAUAAUAAAGAUCUAGGAAAACAAUAAUUA